GCGAAUUACCCAAACAGGCCCCUCAGGUUCAGCAGAACCAGCCCUUUCGUUUUCAACCCAGGAAAACACCACUUCCAAACCAACAAUGCUACUUUUGCGGAGCCUUUGGGCACUGGAGAGCCACAUGUCCCCUUGCAGCCGCCCAGAGGUCAUCACAGUCAAGUAAUUUCAACCCACCACAAGGACUUCAGCCUACAGAGGCCUGCAAAAAGCAGUGAUUAUUCAGGGGAUCAGAACUCAAGCAGAAGUAUUAAAAGAAAAACUAACAUGGAUUUGCCACAGGUCUCCCGUUCAAUAUCAGAACAGCCUAGUAGUAGGUCACAGCUUGAUGUUUCACCCAUAGACAAAGUCAAACCUGAAACCAGAGACAUGUUCUCCUCCGGUAUCUGGAAGCUGAAGAACAAUUUAGUUCAUACAGACCUUAUUGAUCUAGCAGGACAUAUGCCAGAUUUAGUUCUCAAGUCUAAGGCCCCAGCGACAGUCUAUAAGUAUGAAAGAUCUUAUAAUAGUUGGAAAAAAUGGAGUUCAAAAUUUAAGGAGAUUACAUGUUUGCCUGCUCAUCCAUUUCAUGUUGCUUUGUAUCUUACAUCACUUGUUCAGGGAGGUAAGAAAGCUCCAUCUGUCAUGGAAGCUAUUUACGGUAUUAGUUGGGCGCACAAGCUUGCAUGUCUGCCAGAUCCUUGUAAACAUGAUUUGAUUUUGAACAUCAGAGAAGCGGCAUUAAGAACGUGUAGUACUCCAGUCAAGAAAAAAGAACCUGUUACUUGUGACACGUUAAAGAAAUUGGUUAGUAUAUCUGGGAAAACUCCCUCUCUACUUGAUUUAAGGUUUUUAACAAUGUCACUUUUAUCUUUUGCUGGGUUUUUCAGAUUUUCUGAAGUAGUGAAUAUCAGACGGUCAAACAUUAAAUUCAAGGAUGGCUUCAUGAGUAUUUUUGUUGAGAACAGUAAAACUGACGUUUAUAGGGAUGGGCGUCAUGUUUUGAUCGCUGCUACAGGCUCAGAUCUAUGUCCAGUAAAUAUGCUAAACAGGUACCUGAUUGCUGGAAAUGUUGCUGAAACUUCCAAUGAAUAUAUUUUUCGUCAACUUUCCUUCUGUAAAUCUGUACAAAAGUAUGUACUUAAAGGUCAGAAACCUUUAUCAUAUACCAGAGCGAGGGAAAUCUUUAUUGAGAAAUUCAAACUAAUUGGUGAAGAUGUCAAAAAAGUGGGUCUUCACAGUUUUCGGUCAGGAGGGGCGACUGCUGCAGCUAACGCCGGAGUAACAGACAGACUGUUCAAGAGACACGGACGCUGGGCGUCAGAUAAGGCCAAAGACGGUUAUAUCAAAGACAAUGUUUCUGAACUGUUGAGUGUGUCAUCAAUGUUGGGAUUGUAAAUAAGUCGAAAUAAAUCUGCUGCAUGGACCCGUUCUUUUAAUUCGAGCAGCGGUAGGCAUUACCCAUGAGUGGAGUAUGUUGUCAUAGUAAAUGUUUUAUGUUCGGUUGAACAUAGUGAAUUAGAACAUAAAUGUAUUUACUAUGGGGUAAAUACGGUAACGAAUGUGAUUUGAAGAAGGCUGUGCACGUGAAAGCGGUGGCGUCACGUGCUUAAGGUGCAGAGGAGAGGGCAAGAAACACCACUCGAGGCCUUCGCGUCACACAGGCGAGCUGUUGUCUUCUUUGUUUGUUAAAAAUAUACACAUAAAGGUAAUCAGAUUUUUAGUGUAAUGCUUGUCUGUGUUGGACGGCCUGUUAUUGCAGUGUUGCCGAAUGGCAGGUAAAACCGUAUGGGAAAAAUUGCCGCAGGGCAUUGAGUGCUGUUUAGCACGAAGAAGGGUGUUGCUUUCUUUCAGUGAGUGAUCCCACAGAGAGGUGAUUCAGGAGUCCGGACAUGGAUUUGUAUACACAAGAAGACCCACCGUCCAGAUAAGUUAUCUUUAUAUUUUCAAAAAGUUAAUUUCGCAGUAAUUUAUAAAGCGUUCAAGCGCGAUAUUACAAGGAUAUUGCAGUAUUUCGUAACGGUUUUAUGUGCCAAAAAUAUUAAAAUGUACGUUUUUGUUACAGAAAGAAUACCUUAGAGAAUAUGGAGUGUCGGUGUUUGGAAUGGAAUAUAACACGACAGUCGCGUGUCUACAUGUAUGAUUUUGUAAAUAAACCUUCUCGCCUGUUAACAGCGGUAGGCAUUACCCAUGAGUGGAGUAUGUUGUCAUAGUAAAUGUUUUAUGUUCGGUUGAACAUAGUGAAU